AUGUCAUAUGUUGAAAAUGUGAUGGCACGCGCAACAAAACGUAAAGGCGAUCCAUUUCUCCGUGAUGGGACGCGAAGUUUACGUUUUAUUCGAUAUUAUCGCACAUUACCGUAUCCGAUUCGAAUGUCGGGUAUUUUUGCAUUGGGUUUUGCAUUGGGUUCCAUUGUGGAAAUAUUUGCGUGUAAAACACACUUAUAUGAAUCCGUCAUGGCAAAUAAAGACGCGAGGCGGCAUGAUUUUGAUGAAUUUGUUGUGGAAUUCCGUGAAAAUGUGGAGAAUUGGCAACAACAAGACGCCAUGAGACGCGCAGAUGCGCAGGGGAAGUAA